CAGCACCAUGCCAGCCUACGACAACGCUGGCGCCACCAUCUCCCUCGAGGAUGUACGGGAUCCAGAAGCAGGAACCGACGACUACGAUAUAACACAAAGACGACGUAUCCAGUUUAAGACUCAGAAGUCCACAUUAACCUCUAGAAGACAGCAAGCUGUAUGCGUCAGAAGGGCGUACAAGCGAUAUGGUUCCAAAAGCAGCCCUAAUGUCAUUCUCGACGGACUGAAUAUGACCGUGCCUAAGGGUGCUAUAUACGGUCUCCUAGGCGCCUCAGGAUGUGGGAAGACAACUCUUCUGUCUUGCAUCGUCGGCCGCCGUCGGCUGAACUCUGGAGAGAUUUGGGUGCUCGGAGGCCGGCCAGGGAGCCGGGGGAGUGGGGUCCCUGGACCUAGGGUCGGGUACAUGCCUCAGGAAGUGGCGCUGUUUGGCGAGUUCUCCAUCAGAGAGACCAUGAUCUACUUUGGCUGGAUAGCUGGUAUGACGACGAGCGAAGUCGAUGAGAGAGUUGACUUCCUGCUGACCCUGCUUCAGCUGCCGCAUCCCACCAAGCAAGUGAAGACCCUGUCAGGAGGUCAGAAAAGAAGAGUAUCCUUGGCUGCGGCUCUCAUCCAUGAGCCUGAGCUGGUGAUCCUGGAUGAACCCACCGCUGGAGUCGACCCUGUACUGCGACAAAGCAUUUGGGAUCAUUUAGUGGAGAUUACCAAAGGAGGCAGGACCACAGUAAUCAUCACAACCCAUUACAUCGACGAAACAAAACAAGCUAAUAUGAUUGGCUUGAUGCGAGGGGGCCGCUUCCUCGCCGAAGAAGCUCCCAGCGAGCUGCUUCGUCGCUACCAGGCUGACAACCUUGAGGAUGUGUUCUUGAAGCUAGCAGUUCUGCAGAACAGGGGCAAGAGGCGCCGCUCCACCAUCCUGGAAGAUAUCGUGAAGAAGGUGGAAUUGCCGUCUUUGCCGGACCCCGCUGUAAUCGAUCUAGAAGAGGACAUCGGCGAGAUCUCCGGAGAAUUCGGUGAUAACGUUUCCAUGAGCAGCAAAGGCCGCGUAGUCGUCACCCCAGUCGUCGCUCCCUUAGAGGCCUUGCCUCCGGAAGAUGACCCUCCUAUCGGCUGUCUAGAGAGAAUCAAGCCGAUGAGAUGGAGGCACAUGAAAGCAUUACUGUGGAAGAACUUCUUGACUCUCUUUAGGAAUUACGCCCUCCUCGCCUUCAUCGUCGUCCUCCCGGUCUCGCAAAUGGUCCUCUUCUGCAUCGCCGUCGGCCACGACCCCCAAGGCCUGCCCAUGUGCGUUGUCAAUCACGAGCUUGGAGAAAACAACACCAACACGCCCUGUGACUGGGACAAGACGUGUCCGUUGGAUACGGAGACCUAUGAGUGGAAUUUGAAACGGUUCAGCUGCCAAUAUUUGGACUUCUUUGCGAAGCGACAGCCUAACCAGAUCUUUUACCCAACGAAGGAAGUAGUGAUGGACGCAGCCUACCACGGCAAAUGCCGCGUGGUGCUGAUCUUCCAAGCCAACUUCUCCACCAGCCUCAUGGACCGGCUCCGGGACCCGCGACAUACCACCGAUAUCGAAAUUUACAACUCCGAUAUUGAAGUACAUUUGGAUGAUACAGACAAGCAAGUGCAGUGGAUGUUGGCUCGCGACAUUCAGCUCGCGUUUGGAGAAGCCACCCAGAACCUCGCCAAGAUCUGCCAGCUGCCGACUCGCCUACUCUCCAUACCUGUUUACAUUAACGAACCACCCAUAUAUGGAAUCUCUACACCAGAAAUGACUGACUUCGCCGGACCUGGAGUGAUUUUGACGAUUGUCUUCUUCUUGGCUGUAGCCCUAACAACGAGCUCCAUGCUGGCUGAACGGAACGAAGGCAUCCUGGAGAGGUCUCUAGUGUCCGGAAUUACAGGCACGGAGAUCCUAUUCUCGCACGUGUGCAUCCAGAUGUUCAUGAUGAUGACCCAGGCCGCCGUGGUGCUGUUCAUCGGCUUCGUAUUCUUCGACCUUACCAACAACGGGCCCCUCGGCUGGAUCAUAUUGUUGACGGUGCUUAAUGGCUUCUGUGGAAUGACUUUCGGUUUCUUCGUUUCUUGUCUCUGCGACACCGAGAGAACCGCCACCUUCAUCGCUCUAGGAUCAUUUCUGCCCAUGAUGUUGCUAUGCGGCAUCGUCUGGCCUAUUGAAGCUCUCCACGAGUGCCUCCAAUGGAUCGCCUACUUUCUCCCCCUCACCAAGUCCACGGAAUCCCUCCGUUCCAUGCUGCAGCGCGGCUGGACCAUUAACAUGCCCAUGGUGUAUAACGGCUUCCUAUCCACCGGCAUAUGGAUCGCCCUGUACUUGAUAGGCAGCAUUCUUUUGAUUAAGUUUAAGAAGGGUUAGUUAGUGCCAGGUUGGUUUAAAUCCUCCUAAGGCCCACCCAAACAAAUGCAAAACUCAAAAUUUGUUAAUGAAAUUUGAACGUAUAGUGCAGGUAAUAGGGUUGAUUUUUAUUUGUUUGAAUAUUCAACGAAACAAAAGAAAUGCAACUCUGUUCCAAUUGAAUAUGGUUUAAAUUUCAUCGAACUGAAGAAGUGCUAUAGGUAGGACCUUGGGCCUUAGGAGCAUAUUUAUUUUAUUUAUGACGGAUAGUUGAUCUACUAGAUGGAAGACAGCAGGCAUAUUAUGGAUAGAUUCGUGUGUCACUUUUUAACCACGAGAUUGAAAGAGGCAGAGGGCCUACCGCGAACCACGUUCGACGUGUUGACUAUGUCACACUUACGUACGAAUUUACAAGUGCGACAGAGAGGCAACACGUCGAACGUGGUUCGAGAUAGGCUUUCAGAGACUGCCAGCAUCAGGAUAUCACGUAAACAAAUACGGCCAUCGUAGGUAUGGGCCGAGCCGAAAUACUUUUCGAAUAAAAAAAAAAUGUAGGCAUGUGUGAUGACCUCAAUACUUAAUGUAAUGCGGAGUCUAGUAGAUAGAUAGUCUGUGUUAUUUAUUGACAUUGUACUUAGUUAUUUUGGUUAUAUGCCAUUAUGCUUCAAAUAAAUCCGUCCUCGUAAUCAUUUUAUGUUUGUAUUUUGUGUAUAUUUUCUCUAUCUACAAUAAUUAGUUAUUUUUUUGUCUUGACACAAUGAAAAUAGCUUUAAGAAUAUCUUAGAAUAAGUAGUUGUUUUUAAUAUCAAGGGCAAUAGAGCUUUAAUAACUGAAUCAAAUAAAUAAUAGAAUAGACUGAAUGAAAUAUCAUGACUAUUCAUGACAAAUUUAAUGACAAUAUUAUCUCAAAAACUAAUGGUGAUAAUGUGAAAUAAUUUGGUCUGUCUUGGUGGGGUCACUUCCAUGCCCCUAUAUUGUAUAGUUAGUUUAAGGUGUUGUUUUAUUUUCGAAGAAAUCAAUCGUACAAAUUUAACGUAAUUUCGUAAAAAAAUUGUCACUAUGUGCCAUUUUUUCAUAAACAGUAAAUGCAAAAAAAAAAAGAAUUUAUUUUAUUUAUAAAAUCUGGCCAGUCGGCAUUUGUAGCAUCACAUUUCAAUCUGUUUUAUGUUUACUAAUUUCAAUAUUUGACAUUUAUAGUUUAUAAAAUAUUUGUUUUUUAUUUUGUGAAUUUAUUUGCUAUAUUAGCGUGCGAGCUACAUUCACAAGUAUUUAAACACUCAAUGUAAUUGUUAACCAUAACACAAUAAUUGAAGGGAUGUUUAAAAAACAACAUAACUGACUACACUGGUUGCCACCUGAAACGAUUAACAAUGUUCUUAAAAAAGUGUCAACCGCUCUAAGCAGUUAUGUUGUUUUUGUAAACAUCCCUUCAAUUAAUUGGUAUUCUAACGCAAUAAUUUUCAAAUAGAUUUUCGAACAUCACAAUACGGUUGUUUCAGAAAAAAAAAUCUCUUUUCUCGUAAGGCCUAGGGACUUUUGUGUUUAGUUUAGAACUUUCUUAAAAUUCUGAUUUAGAUUAUUUAUUAGAAGUAGUUGAAGAUUCGAAUUGAAUUUGUACUCCCAAAAGUACGCUGGGUCUUACGAGGAAAAUUUAUAUUUUUAUUUUCCUAUAAAUCACAAGGAUGAAGGUGGAAGGUGUCACUGUAAAUAGGACUUUAUUGGUUUGAUAAUGGGUGUUAUUUUAGAGUACAAUAGAAUUAUAAUGGCUCAAUUAGAUAUUGUUGGCAUUGUGAUAGUAAGUUAAGGUUUUGUAAAUAAAAGCGGUCUAGAAAUCAAA